CGCUUGCAUUUAUCUCCUUUCUUAGGCCAUUUUGUUAACAUAUACUUGUAUUUCCUGUAUUCACAUUUUAUUGUAAAUAAAUAAAUGUUACAAAGUAGCCUGAGGAUAAGUAGUUUCAAGCUAUAGUAUCUAGAACCCUUCAGAGAUAGAACCUAAAAUGCCUCGUACGAAGGUUGUGAGACGUAAAGCCGAUCGUUUAAAAGCCGAUGCUGAGGAAAAGCUUCGCUUGGCCCAAAUCAAGAUCGAUUCCGUCUUGGAGACAGUGGAUGAGCUGGAGAAACGCGCCAAGCAAGAGGUGGACCACAAAAUCAAGGUAAUCCUCAGCAGGACUGACAAGAAGAUACUGGACAUGAAGUUGACUGAUUUUUUAGCGCAUCCUCUGGAUCACUUUGAAGAUUAUCAGUUUCAGGCUCCCACUGCCCCUCCUAGUCGCAGCCUGUCGAUUGGCCGGCUGCGCAAGCGCACUCCUCGUAUCCAACCGCAACGAGAGCUGGCCCAGUCGGUGGACAGAAUUAGGACGCGCAGCUAUGCCAAGAAAGAGAUCUCCAUGACCUUCCAGCGCUGGCCCCGUCCCGGAGAGCGAGUGCUCUCCACAGCAGGCAGCCCCCUGGCAGUGCAGGCCCAUUCGGAACUCCAUGCCGACGUGCACAUCCCCACCAAGAAGGGCGUCAUCACGGUGAAGCCGCACAAGAUCAAGAACAUACAACGGGAGGUGCUGAUGGAAAUGGACCAGAACACCCUCAACCAGGUGAAGACCCUGAACAACAACCUGGAAAUGAUAGUGGAUAUGGCCACCAAACUGGGAAAACUAUAAACCUUGAAUAAGAUCGAUUGGUUAUCAUAA